GGCCGCCCGCCCGCGCCUAGGGCCCCGCCGCCGGCCGGCCCCGGCAGAGCAGCGCCGCCGGCCCCGCAGCUGCCCCGCUCCGGCCCAGGCUCUGUGUUGUUGUAGGAGGAGUUUGCGGUCGCCUCCCCCUCUGACGUCCUGAGGCCAAAUUCUCCCAGCAAGGUACCACCCCAGCCGUCAAGAUGUCCAGCAAACGUGCCAAAGCCAAGACCACCAAGAAGCGCCCGCAGCGCGCCACCUCCAAUGUCUUUGCCAUGUUUGAUCAGUCGCAGAUCCAGGAGUUCAAGGAAGCCUUCAACAUGAUCGACCAGAAUCGCGACGGGUUCAUUGACAAGGAGGAUCUGCACGACAUGCUGGCUUCCAUGGGAAAGAACCCCACCGACGAGUACCUGGAGGGCAUGAUGAGCGAGGCACCAGGGCCCAUCAACUUCACCAUGUUCCUCACCAUGUUUGGGGAGAAGCUGAACGGCACCGACCCAGAGGAUGUCAUCCGCAAUGCCUUCGCCUGCUUCGACGAGGAGGCAUCAGGGUUCAUUCAUGAGGACCAUCUGCGUGAGCUGCUGACCACCAUGGGGGACAGGUUCACCGAUGAGGAGGUGGAUGAGAUGUACCGGGAGGCGCCCAUCGACAAGAAGGGCAACUUCAACUACGUGGAGUUCACCCGCAUUCUGAAGCACGGGGCCAAGGACAAAGAUGAUUAGUGCCAAGAGCUGCUCCCUGCCUUCUGUGCACGCUGCCUGCACCCCUGUCCCCUUGCUGCCCAGCCCCACAGCAGGCUUCCCCCCGGCCAGGACGUCACCCUGCUCCAUGUCGUGCCGAUGCUGGCACGUGGCACUGCACCCUUGCUGGAGGAAGCGCUCCCCUCACCGUGCCGUUGCGUGCACAUCCGUCCUCUCCCAUCGCCUCUCCCGCCUGCAGGCUCAGCCCCCAGGACCCAGCCAGGCUCCAUCCCCACCAAGCAGCUGCUCUCCCCGUGGAGCAGAGGGGGUCCUAGGGCAGGGGCGAGCAGCCCAGGUGAGCACUGGCCGGUGGGGAUUUUGGCUGGCUCAGACCAGUGCAGUCCAGGGGACCUGAUGCAGAAAGAAGCUCUCCCCUUACCUCCCACACUCCCUUCCUUUAGGAAAGAAAAAAAAAAGAACACUUUGUUUCCUCUUCUAUGGCUGUUUUAUGGCUUUAGAGCCCAUGAUUUGAGGGAUUCAGAAAGCUGAAGCAGCCUAUAAAGUCUGAUGGUGUAACACAA